AUGGCGACAAAAAGACCGACCUCGGCUUCAAGGGCCAGAAGAUGAUGCAGGUGCUGAUUACCAAGUUUCUGCUGCAGCUCGGUCAGAUGAACGUGGAGGGGAUCGCCUUCGACCGUCUCCUGAUCGACACAAGCAACCACGAAGCGACAAGGAUGAGCGAGUGGGGCACGAAGUACUCGGACGCGGUCGCAGCCCAGGACCGAGGCCACUGCCUCGGACCACAUCACCUCUGGGUCUUCGGCGGCCUACUGAUGGGCUCGAUGGAGCGCAUGGAGGUAGUGGGGGCACAGAAGCUAACCGAGCUGAGGACCGAGAAGAUGGAGGCCAUCGCCAAUGCCGACAAGAUCCGAAUCUGCAAAACGGACAGAUACUACGACCAGAAAGUGAUGCUGUACCUCGACCCCGCGAUCCCGAUCAUCCUCGACGGCCUGGCCCAGACAGACGAGAAGCUGAAGCAGGGCCGUGCGCCACCCACCCACAGGGAGGGGGAACUCCAAGAGAGGAUCGAGGCGUACACGGACGCGUGUGCGCUGACGGCGAUCGAGGAGCUACACUAG